AUGGGAAGAAAAGGUUCACGAACACUUCAACAUUACGAUGUGAAACUUUUUGGAAAACGCUUUCCUCCGUCCCCGAAGUGGAAGUUGAGAACGAUUUUCCAUCGGCAUGAUUUCAACCCUUUCUACAACCUCGACGGCACAAUUGAAUCUAUAAGUCAUCCCAAGAUGCAUGUUCAUUUCCUGACCCCGUAUUCAUCAACCCUAAAGAAUGUCAAACAAGCAUUUUUCGAGAGCUAA